AUGAGUGAACAAAUCGAUGCAAGUAAGAAUAAUGACGCCCCGAAUACGAAUGAAAAUUCCGCGGCACCUAAAACGUCGACACUUGAUUUAACGAUCAAAACACCAAAAGAUGAAAAGGAUAUGUUAAUUGAUGCAUCUUCAACUGUUAAAAAGUUAAAUGAUAUAAUGGUACAUGAAUUUACUACAUCAAUCGAUCAAACGAGUACGACAUAUUCGGGUGAGAUUGGAAAAGACGAUGAUGAUCUCAAACAACAUGCUGAAAAUGAUACGACAAAUAAACAAGCUUCAUCCACAACUUGCACUGAUUCAAUUGAAACAUUUCAAUUAAAUUUUUAUCGUGUACAUGUUCAUUUCUUAUUUCCGGAAAACGAGAAAAAAGCUAUAUACGAACGCUGUUGUGAAGUAAAACGAUUUUUGACAAAUCUUCUUUCAGUUGAUCCUCGUUGUACCCAAGUAUGGGCAAAUAUUAUUGCCGAUGCUUAUGAAAAAAUUUCAUUUGAUUCAACGCGAUCAGAAAUUCAUAACCUACUUUUCACGAGAUCAACUAUCCCAACAUCUAGGCUACAAGAAUUGAUUGCAACAAGAAUUAUUAUCGCUGUUGUUCAUCCUGAUGCACCGGUAAAUCCAUCAGUUCUUGAUCCAGUUCGAACCAAGGAAUAUGCUACAACGACACGAUUUGAAGAUAAAGCUUUAAUUGCAAUCAAUCCAAUGGUAUUUAGCAGUGAAACAACAAUUCACGGAAGUCGUAUUUCUCACGAAUCGUCGACGCUAUUUUUGGCUAUUCUAUUUUUACAUGAAAUUACUCAUGGCGUUAAAUAUUUUAGCCAAAAAAAUAAAACUACACCAGAACUACCAUUUUUUAAAACAUAUUCAAGUCCUGAUGAACACGAUGGUGGAAAUGCAUUGGAACAUGAAUUGCUGUCUGGUGAAAUCCAUAUUAAUCGUGAUUCCACACAUACUGACGUGGACUUGUUUAUCCUUGAUGAAGAUGGUCGAAAUUUUAAACUGUCGCCCUCAGAUAUUAAUGACUGCUUGUCAAAGAAUAGUCUUAAACCAUUAUCAUCAUUAGUUCAUCGAUUACGAUUAAAACGUCGCCGUUCGAAUGAUGGCAGAAAAAUUCAAUGCAAUUAUUCCGAAUCGCCUGAUCUCCAAAAAGAAAAAAACGAUCAAGAACUCGUACCUCUACUCCGCUAUCAUACGCGAAGAAUUGUUUUCCAAGAAACUGAUGAUGUUGAUACAAAUGAAUCGUUACCGUUAUAUUUUACCGGAAAAUAUUUAAAAAAAAUUAUUGUUAUAUCCGAUCAUCGUACACAAAUUGCUGGCUAUUUAUAUGGUGUCAGUCCAUCAGAUAAUCCUCAAGUUAAAGAAAUUCAUUGCGUUGUUUUACCACCACAAUGGGGUAAACGUGAAACUGUUCAUUUACCCAAUAUAUUACCGGAACAUGAAUCUUUUAAGGAUAUGGAACCACUUGGAUGGAUUCAUACUCAACCCAAGGAAUUACCACAAUUGUCACCGCAAGAUAUUACAACACACGCUAAAAUAAUGAAUGAUCAUGCAUCAUGGGAUGGAGAAAAGACAAUUGUUAUAACAUGCUCAUUUACACCGCGUUCAACUUCUUUGAAAGCUUAUAAAUUAACACCAACUGGCUAUGAUUGGGGUCGAUCAAAUACUGACCGUGGAAAUAAUUCGAAAGGAUAUGCACUGGCGCACUAUGAAAAAGUUCCAUUGUCAGUAUCCGAUCGUUUCUUGGGAUUCUUCGUGACACCAGAACAAGGCUCAUGGAAUUAUAAUUUCAUGGAUGUUAGUCAUGAUGCAGAUAUGAAAUAUGAUUUAAUUUUAUCAAGUCCAAAAAAAUUUGAUGAUGAACUUCAUCAUCCAUCGCAUUUCAUGAACUUUUCGAAUGAAGAAAAUUCGGACACAUUUUCAACUGAUCGCGAAGAUCGAUUUAGUUGA